AUGUUAAUCAAAGUCCGCACCCUCACUGGCAAGGAGAUCGAGUUAGAUAUCGAGCCUGACUACAAGGUCUCCAGAAUAAAGGAGCGCGUUGAAGAGAAAGAAGGCAUCCCCCCGGUCCAGCAGCGCCUGAUUUUCGGCGGAAAGCAGAUGGCAGACGACAAAACAGCCUCUGAAUAUAACCUUGAAGGGGGUGCAACGCUGCAUCUUGUCCUUGCGCUUCGUGGCGGUUCCUUGUAA